GCAGGGAUUCCUCCCGUGGUGCCUCUCUCGGGAUGCUUUAAUACACGUACGGGAUUAGACGGUAAUCCCACGAUCACAAUGUGCAUGCGCAAACUGAAGUGCGUGCGUCUGGAGAGGGACGGUUCGGUGUUAAUGCAACAACAAACAGCGAUCACCCUUCAAAUCUCCUCCACGACAAGUGGCUCUGAUGAACUGAACCAGCUCCUAAGGGCGUGGUGGCUGCUUGUUCCUCUGCACAUCAAGCAAAGCUGGAAGUGGACCUGGUUCUUUUUUGGUCCAAACACUGUACAUCUCAUCCUACUUACAUCCUCAACAAGGAUGCAAAGGUGCACGCGUUAAUGCUGUCUCCUCUCAGAGCUGUAUGUACACCCAUACCGGCUCAUGGACAGCAGACGCUCACUUGACAUGUCAGUGUGUGUAUCAAGGUCAGGAUGUCUAAAUGUGAGCUGAUCGAGCUGAAGGACCUCAGUGUAAGUGAUCCCAUUGAGUUGGCUGCGCCUGCAGCCCGCACGCAUCCGCCACCAGUGAACCCAGGUCAGCCCUGCUCCUUCCAUGUCGUUCGCCUGGUCGGAGACAGCGUCACCAUCGAGGCGCCCGGGUGUCAGACGGGAGAGGCCGGAGUGGGUCAUGACUUCCAGACCCACAGUUACGCUCAUCUCACCUGGUGCGACCUGUGUGGAGAGUUCAUCUGGGGUCUUUAUAAGCAGAGUUUACGCUGCACCAAGUGCAAUUAUACUUGUCACUACCGCUGCCGACCAUUCAUCCAGCUGGACUGCAGCACAGAUGGAAGUUUGUUAGCAGACCCUGAGGAUUUCUCUGUCGACUCCAUCGAGACAGACACGAAUGUGGAUGAACAGAUUGAUUUUGGUAAACAGAAGUUAAGUGUUGGUGAGAUUCAACAGAAGGUUAAGGAGUAUAAUGCUCAGAUCAACAACAAUCUCUACAUGGUGGCUAAUAAAGAUGGGUCAUACACUGGUUUCAUCAAGGUCCACUUUCAGUUGGUUCGUCCCAUCUCCCUCCCUCCUCCUCAGAACCUGUGCUCGACGCAAGAGGAGGAUCAGCGGGCCAGGCGGAUGAAACGACGGACGUCUUUCUACCUCCCCAAAGACACUGCAAAACACCUGCACAUAAGCUCUCAAACACGGGUACGGGAAGUCAUCGAGGCGCUUCUCAACAAGUUCACCGUGGUGGACAACCCGGGCAAGUUUGCCCUGUUCGAACGCACUGAGAGACAAAGUCAAGUGUACAUGCGUAAACUAUCUGAUGAGGAAUGUCCACUCUACUUACGCUUGUGUGCUGGCCCCAGUGAAAAAGUCCUGAGUCUGGUUUUGAAAGAAAAUGAGACGGGGGAUGUCAAUUGGGAUGCAUUUAGCUUUCCUGAGUUGUGCAACUUUCUGCGAAUCCUGCAGCGCGAAGAAGAAGAGCACGUCCGGCAGAUCGUGAAGCGCUACGCUCUUGCCAGAGAGAGGAUGAAGCAGGCCAUGGCGAAGAUUACGACUCCUGGUUGACUCCGAGUGAUGCAGCUGAUCCUUUUAUUUAAACAUGAAGAAGAAGCCUCUGCCACUUUGAAAAGUAUUAUGGAUCAAUAAGAAAAUUUACAGCAAUGUAAAAUGAAAGGACAGAGCUCAGAGAACGACACUGUUUUGAAUAGAGGCUGUUUAAGAAGCAGGGAUACUGCUGUUACAUUUAAUGUGAACCAGCUAAAGGUGAUGCCACUUUCUGUGCAGGUUUAGCCACUGUUGUGAGCUGGAUUGAACAAAAAAAUUAAUGAAUAAAUUUUUUUCUAAGGUUUACCACAGACUUUAUUCAUUGCAGUUCCUUCUUGAACAACUAUGCUGCUUGAUUAGAUUAUUCAUAGUGGUAUUAAAGACACAUUUUCCAUUUUUCUGGUAAUUUAUCUGGUUAAUCUUAUGGUUAUUUUAUGUAACAUUUAGUUUCCUUUAUCAUUUUGAGCACUUUAAUGAACCUGUGAAAUGGAUCUGGACAAGUUAAAAUGUGAAACGAUGUGUUUAUAUUCUAAUUAUCUAAUAAACUGAUGAUAAUAAAUCA